GACCGCCCGGGAGGAUGCUGCGGAUCCUUAACAAACUACCUGACCUCGGCCAAGUUCCUUCUCUACGUGGGCCAUUUCUUAUCCACUUGGGGGGACCGGAUGUGGCACUUCGCGGUGUCCGUGUUCCUGGUGGAGCUCUACGGGAACAGCCUGCUCCUGACGGCCGUCUACGGGCUGGUGGUGGCAGGGUCCGUGCUGGUCCUCGGGGCCAUCAUCGGCGACUGGGUGGACAAGAACGCCAGGCUUAAAGUGGCCCAGACAUCACUGGUGAUACAGAACGUGUCGGUCAUCCUGUGUGGCAUCAUCCUGAUGAUGGUCUUCUUGCACAAGGACGAGCUGCUGACCAUGUACCACGGAUGGGUCCUCACUUCCUGCUACAUCCUGAUCAUCACCAUCGCCAACAUCGCCAACCUGGCCAGCACCGCCACUGCCAUCACCAUCCAGCGGGACUGGAUCGUCGUGGUCGCAGGCGAAGACAGGAGCAGACUAGCAGAUAUGAAUGCCACGGUUCGCAGGAUCGACCAGUUAACCAACAUCUUGGCGCCCAUGGCUGUUGGCCAGAUUAUGACCUUUGGCUCCGCGGUCAUCGGCUGUGGCUUCAUUUCCGGGUGGAAUCUGGUGUCCAUGUGCGUGGAGUACUUUCUGCUCUGGAAGGUUUACCAGAAGACCCCUGCGUUAGCCGUGAAAGCCACUCUCAAAGUGGAGGAAGCUGAGCUGAAACAGCUGAAUUUACACAAAGAAACUGAGCCCAAACCCCUGGAGUCCACUCACCUGAUGGGGGACAAAGACCCUGCGGUGCACGCGCUGGAGCCGGAGCCCGAGCCCAGCUGCGGGGAGCAGCUGGCCGAGCCCUUCCGCACCUUCCGCGACGGCUGGGUCUCCUACUACCGCCAGCCCGUGUUCCUGGCGGGCCUGGGCCUCGCCUUCCUCUACAUGACGGUGCUGGGCUUCGACUGCAUCACCACGGGCUACGCCUACACGCAGGGCCUGAGCGNCGAGUCCGUCCUCUCCGUCAGCCUGCUGUUCGCGGGCGUCAUUGCUGCUAGGAUCGGCCUUUGGUCCUUCGAUUUAACUGUGACACAGUUGCUGCAAGAAAAUGUAAUAGAGUCAGAAAGAGGCAUUAUAAACGGUGUCCAGAACUCCAUGAACUACCUUCUCGACCUCCUGCACUUCAUCAUGGUGAUCCUGGCCCCCAACCCGGAGGCCUUCGGCCUGCUCGUGCUCAUCUCCGUCUCCUUCGUGGCCAUGGGCCACAUCAUGUAUUUCCGGUUUGCCCAGAAGACCCUGGGCAACAAGCUUUUCGCCUGUGGUCCUGUCGAAAAGGACGUUGCGAGCGAAGACCAAGCUUCCACGUCUGCUGUGUGAGCCGGUCUCGCCGGCUGGUCCCUGUUACUAGGUUACACAGAGCGCGUGCUUGUCUUGUGCUUCACAUCCCCCUACGUGGCUGGGUGUCCCUCUGGUUUUACCACAACGGUGUCCUGAAGGCUAAACGCUGUUUCCGAAACCUCAGUCAGCUGAGUGAACUGGUUGGCUUCCCUUCCAUUUCAGGAUGGGAAAAAGUAGGAAAGGAAAAAGCCUAAAGAUAGAGACUAAAAUGGCACAUACACUGAUUUUCCCCUGUUUCUACCGAGUAGAGAAAAUUUUCCAUAAAAGAGUGGUGAGUCGGGUGAAUUAAGUUAAUUUUUGGCAGAUAUUUAUUCUCUGUAGUAGAAUUCAGAUGUCAGUUUGCCCUAAGACUCACUCUCGUUCAAUCCGGCUAAUUUACUUUCCUUUGUGUUUUAUUCCAUUAUAAAAACCAGUUCUCCUCCGAGCAGGAAGACUGAAGUUUCAUAACCAGUAUUAUCCUCAUUGAUCCUGACAAUCUUAAGGGAUUUAUAUAAAUGUGGAAAACAACAUAUUUCAGUAGAAUUCUCUAACAGGGUUAUGGUUGAACUUUAGAGAGCACCUUGGUAUAUUUGUAUUAUCAGAGAGGGCAACAUACCGUAUUAACCUACACAGCACUCUGUAAAAUGCUAAUACGCUGCAGGUAGAAGCAACGCUGCACAGUAGAUUUAUAACACUGAAUGCAUAAUGACUUCCAGCGCCAACAGUCUGGCCACAGAAACUCGCACUGAAGGACCAAGAUCUGGAGGUAACUCCCGCCACCCUCACUGACUGCCUCUCUCAGCCGCGAGGGAGUCUGCUUGCUGCCCGCAGGUUGAAUGGGAAAGCAGGCCCACAGGGGAAAGGGUUUGUGUUGUCCAUCAUGUGACUUGUUAGGAGCACGCUGGGGUGGAGCAUUUUCCCCUUGAUUGUUUGUACCCAGGAGCUAUUUUUACCCAGUUGCAGAGCAAGACUGUCCCUAAAUGAAUUCCUUUCAGAUGUCUCUGAGAAGCAUGGGGCGGGGGGGGGGGGCGGGGGACGUUUGUAUAUAUUUUUAAAAACUGUUUGGCGAGUCCUUUUGCAACAUGCCAGUACCAGCAGGCCCUCUGCCUUAACGUUUAUGCACUUUCGUGGAGACGGCAAUACGUCACGAUGAGCACUUUCCUAACCCUUGAGGUCGAGUCUUUUUCUCUUUUCUAUGGUAUGUCAUGAUUUGCUAUGUUGUAUAAUCUUUGUAAAAUAUUUCUAUAUAAAACUAUUUUUAAAAUCUU